ACGUGACACACAUUAUCUGCGUUUAUCUACAUAUGUGACACGUAUCACGGAUUUCGUUAUCGUUCUCGUUGGCCGUGAUCUCCGUUAGGAUUUUUGCUCUUUGUUCCCAAAGAGAUCGAAUAGUCGCUGGUCGAUCAGUUCCGUCAGAACCACGAAAUAGGAGGCACAUCGGUCGCGAUCGCUCGAUCGAUCUUCUCGAGUUUCAAAGUUACUCAGCGUUCGAAUUCGCAAGUGUUGAGACGAAUCGAAAUGGUUGAAUCGACGCGGUAUCAUUUGAACGACGUUGCCCGAAGAAACGGCAAAGACGGUGCGGACACAUGGAUCGUGGUCCACGAUAUGGUGUACGAUGUCACGAAGUACAAGAAAGAGCAUCCCGGCGGUUUCGAAUUGAUCGACGAGUACGCGGGCCAAGACGCGACAUCGGGCUUCGAGGAUUUUGGUCAUUCUUCGGAGGCAAAAAGCAUGCUGAAGGACUUCCUCGUCGGAGAACUGGUGGACGAGGACAAAAGGGCGAACAGAAAGAACAAAAACGCGAAUACCAAUAAAACCAAGACUAAAGGAAGAAGCCUUUUACGAAGACUAUGCGGAAGCUGUGGAUCGUGACGUUUCGAACGGUUCGUUUACGCAACGGUUAAUUUAUUGAAUUUUUAUUCACGUUUCCCUUUUUACUACCGGCAAACGUACAGAUCUAGUUACAAACUGUAGAGUAAGAAUAGAAUAAGAAUUCGUUAUAAUGUGUAUAUAUAUAUAUGUAUGUAUACGUACAAGUUGGUAUUUCUUUCUUAAAAAAAGAGGGUCGUCGUCUUAGGCGGUCCUGCGACGGACAUGUAUUUCGCGAGCGAUGCAUUGGCAGCGUGCUAAAUGUACACGCGAUUUCUAACGAUGAUCGGCGCGAGUUAAUCGAUGGCUUCGCUUGUACUUGUCUUCAUUUUCUAAUUUCGAUUACGAGUACGAUUACGAUUACGAUUACGAUUACGAUUACGAUUACGAUUACAUGACAAUCAUCUAGAGAUUCUACGACGAUACGUUAACACUUUUAUAACAUUAAUUAGAAUAUCGAUUUGCGUCGAGCGAUCCGCGUUGUCAAUUACAUAUACGAUAAGACCAAGUUCGUUGAAACUGACGUUAGAAAUUGAAAACGUUUGCCGCGAAUUGGCGCGAAUUAGCAGUAAUCGUUUGCAGUCCAAGCGUGCGUAAACGAGGAAGAAACAGGGGACGAAAAAGAGGACGCGCGUACGACGCGUCCGUCAUCCGCUGAUAAUUCGAGAUAAAAAUAUGUCAAUGAUUUUUCAACGAAUCGUGAAUCGAUAUCAUCCUUGAGAAACUAUCGGAUAUAUAAUCUGGAGAACAAUCGAUCUUAAACUAACGUUAUCUUCCUUGUUCCGAGCGGAUAUCUAUGCAAAAAAUGAACAACACGAAUCGAGACGCUUCUCGAUCGGAAUAAAUUAUGUUUUCUCUCGUUAACGAUUGGUGCACACUGCCGCGUUAAAAAAGUGUAGCAUAGAACACAUUGUUAUCUAUACUUCGAUAAAGUGAGAGCAAGCAAAGAGUUUGUAAACGUUCGAAUUAUUGGAAACAAUAAAACAGCGCGAUCGAUCGUUCGACUUUUUCCUCCUUAA